AUGGAGUCUCCGAAGAAGAUAGCUCAUGAGAUCGGUGGUGUCAAAAGAGACGCUCUUCGAUUUGGUCUCAGCGGCGUUAAGAGCGACAUCGUCGGAUCUCACCCACUCGAAUCCUCUUACGAAUCUGGAAAGAGAUCGGAGGAGGAGAUGAAGAGGAGGAUCAUUGGGCAUACCUACGGGUCUGCACUUCCUUUGAAGAUGGAUAUGGACAGGCAGAUUCUCUCUCGGUUUCAAAGACCUGCUGGACCAAUUCCAUCGUCAAUGCUAGGUUUAGAAGUCUGCACUGGAGCCAUUGAUAACUUUGGUUUUGAGGAUUACUUGAACGAUCCUCGUGACUCGGAGACAUUCAAGCCGGUAGACUUCCACCACGGGAUGGAAGUUCGUCUUGGCAUGUCAAAGGGCCCGGUUGCCCCAAGUUUCAUAUAAGUUCGUUCCCCCAUCAUGGGUGGUGUUUGUUGCAUGUUGUUAUGCCGUUUUAGCUUUUGAAUGACGAAUCAAGUGAGAUCGUUUAGUAAACUUCUUUCGACUUGUACUCUCUCUUGAGUCCUUGACCCAAGUUUGAAGUCUGUUGAGACAACUACUGAAUAUGGUCAAUCAAUUCUAGUAUGUCAGGUUUUAC